CAAUUCACGUCAACUCCGUGUACUUAUUUGUUUUGUUUUGUAUUCAUUUGUGUUUGUCGAUGGAUUUAUAAUUCCCGCAAGUGCAACCAGUGUGACUCAUUGCAUUUCUGCAUUGGCCAGGCAGAAAUCUAUUUAGGCAUUCUUCGGAUGACGCACAGUCGAUGAUAAAAGAACAGUUAUCUAUACAACCUCGAAGCUGAUAGCAUACUGACUGAUAACUAUAAAUAGCCGUUAGCUAAUUGACUGGUGUAUGAUGUUGGAAGCCAUCGGUCUGUUGGUGCUGACAGGCGUGCUAUGGGGAUGCACCAAUCCCUUCAUACGGCAGGGGACGAAGGGCCUCCGUGACGUCACGGCCACAACCCUGAUAGGACAGGUCUGGGCUGAAAUUAGCUUCCUGCUCGGCAAUUGGAAGUACGUGGUACCGUGGCUGGUGAACCAGGCAGGGUCUCUCAGCUACCUGGCAGCAGUGCAGCGCGCUCCGCUGUCAGUAGCAGUGCCCACUGCCAACAGUCUCGCGUUCGUCUUCACCGCGGUGACUGGCGCGGGGAUCGGCGCGGAGGAACCGCUCGAUAGAAGGUCAAUCCUUGGAAUAGUCCUGAUUAUGGCGGGAACUGCACUCUGCUGUAUCGACGACACCAGUUGAAGAAGUGUCAGCAGAUGAAAUGAGUAGGUACCUAUUUGAUAUAAAACCUCACCAAAUAAUUAUGUUUACUACUAAAAAAUACACUUUUAGUAGGUACAAGACGGUAAUCACCAUUUACUGUAUUUAACAAUACGUUAAGUAACACAAUACAUUAACAAAUUAAACAAAAUAAUGAAACUUAAAAUAAAUAAAACAACAAUAAAAAAUGUGGAUUAUC